UGUCACGUUAGCACGUCUCAAUCAGCACAAGACACACAAACGAAAAUCAAAUCUAUAUAUUUGUCGGUUCUUUUGCAUUCAAACAAAUAAUUCUUGUGUGGUGUGAACUGAAGUACGAUUCUCAAUUUCGUAUCAUUACAAUAUUCUCACCGAAACCAUCAAUCCGAACGGUUGUGUUCAAUUCCAUUAAAAUAAAUUCACUGCCUUCGUCCUAUAUAUCGGCAAUUGUGCAAAUUGUUUUUACUAUGUACCGGUUGUGAAUAAUAGUAUUUGUUUUUUUGUGAAUUUUGUCCGUCCCAUUAUUUCAAUUAAUAACGACAACGACGAAUUAUCGUUGAGAGAUUUUUAUUUUAAAUUCAAUUAUUUAUUUUAAUAUUAUGACAUUUUUUAUGUGAAAAUUAUGCGAUUAAAGACCAAAUUUUUGUGAACGAAAUAUAAAAUAAACUGCGACGAGAAACGAAUAAAGUUUCAAAAAUUGAAAAAAAAAAUAACAGAUCGGAAAAACAGUGAGCUAUCAAAAACAAACCGAAAGAAAAUCGAAAAAAAAUAUUUUUUUUUCUUGUGACCAGUGGAUCAAUAAAGUUUUUCAUCAUUGAUCAUAUUGGGAAAUCGUUUUGUGUACCAGUGAAGCUAAGAAGAUGCGGUAUUUAACAACAAUCGUUGUUGCAAUCGUAUUGGCACUUAGUUUUGCAAACGGUGCACCACAAAUGCGACGACACAGGCGCCAUGGAUCAGUGGAGAAUGAUGUCUUUCGUCCAAGCAAAGUCGCAUGGAGUAAUUCAUGCGGAUCCAGUACGAAAAAUGACACAUUCGGCAUUCACCGAAGUCGAACGGUAAAACCACUGAAAGGAUUACGAAACGAACUGCCAAAUUACAUAAAUCGAUUAAAUGAACCACGCUCGCAGGCCAUCAGCACGGAUGACGUCUCACGAUGGUUCUCUCAACCAUUCAAUUCAACAUACUCAUUCUUGGCACAAAUCAAUGCAUCAAUAUCCAAUAUCCAUUUGCGAAAGCGUCACAUUGAGACACAAGUGUAUGUCGGCGCAUUCCAAUAUUUGCGAUGGAAGCAAUUCCGCCACGAUAUGAUUCGCAAUGAAGACAACAAUAAAACGCGUGCAUUGGAGUAUUUGUUAAUUCUGGCAAAGAAUUUGCUAUGUGAAAUUGAAACCGCCAUCAAUAAUACGGGCAUGAAAAUGCCAAUGAUCCUGACAAAAGAAGCGAUGCACAAACGAUUGACGUUCCGUAACAAUAAUAAUACGAUGAAAGUUAUUACGGAUAAAACGAAUGACAUUGACGAAGUCGAUGAAAUCGAUAAUGGAUUUGCGAAAAUUCGAUUUGGUGAAUAUUUGAAUGGAUUGCAAACGGUGCUCAGAAAUCGAAUGGGUAAACAACAUCAUCACAUUGGUAAAAAGGCGAAAAAAAAUCAAAUGCCACCAUUGAAAAGGAAGAACAAAUUAAAUGCCACAAUUGUUGCGAUGGUACCGAAAGAAAUCAAACCGAUUGACCAAGUGCCAAAUGAGCACGAAAAUGAUAUUGACGACAGUAUCACACCAACAAAGAGGCAUCACAAUGUUGACCUAAAACAUCGGACUCGUCUCGGUUUUCACAAACAAAAUCGAAACCGAAAUAAUAAGAAAAACCGUAAGCAAACCGUAGCAUCUUUGAGACCAAGUGAAAUAAAUGUGUUUCGAAAUCAUCGAAAGAUUAGUACAACAUUGAAUAAAAGUGAAGCAACAACGAUUGCAUCAACGACAACAACGGUCACACCAUCAACACAAUCUCAAUCAUCAUAAUUGAAAAAGAAAUCACUUUUCGUCCAACCCAUUCCUGUCGCGACAGUAUUAAAUCAAAGUAUUUUUAUUCAUCGCAAACAUUCUCUAAUAUUCCGCUCAAAUAUCAACGAAUGCAUACGGGUUUGAUCGAUAUGCAGAUUUUUUUCACUUAAUUUAUUACUAUUUUAGUAGAUAGGUCGUGAUACGUUUUAUGUUGGGUCGACACAUUUUAAUUUAUAUAUGCAAAAAAGGAAGUUAGUUAUGAUUGAGGAAGAUGAAAAAAAUGUGCCCAGAUGAAAUCAAUUGCUGUUCUCGCGUAGUAGUGUUGCCAGUUUGGAACACAUGAUUUGAUAAUAAUUGUAAUUAGUGAAAUUCCAAUUGCUAUUUACUUAGACCUAUUAGCCGCUGUGAUAUAAAGCUCUAAGUAUUUAUAUGUAUGUUUAGCUUAAAUAUGAUGCUUGAAAUCGAUGAAUGAUGAUGAUGUUUUUUCAUAGCAAAAAUUGAAAAUGCCAAAUAUAUUUUUU